UAGAAAACUGCGAGCCGACGUAUACUACGCGCGUACGCGUUUAUCGAGACAAGUCACGUGGGUAAGCCGUUCGUGACGGCGCGUGGGUGGUGCGUCAAAAUGUUGAACGGAUGUCGGUGAACUGAAUAUUUCGCGGUGCUACGAACACAUGGCGUAUCAUUCGAGGGACACGAGUGAACCGGCGAUCGCGAAGACGGAAGGAUGAAUGAAACCGAGGAGCGAUGGAGCGGUCGCAGUUUUAUCGUUAACGAUUCACCGCCGUCAGGAUUCGACAUUAAACGUCGAUAUUAAACGUUAUCGCAGUUGAAGACACGAGAGAAGGAAGGGCGAGAGCGUUAACGUCGCUGUCGUCGAAAUUAUUAACUGCGAUAACGAGAGCGAGAACAAAUUGAAUCUCGAGCAUGAAUCAGAAGGUGGUCACCGCGUUUUACCUGUUGUUAAACAUAGUCUUCUCGAUCGCGAUCGUACUGCUGAACAAAUUGCUCUACGUAAACACCGGUUUCCCGAACAUCACGUUGUCGAUGAUACACUUCAUCAUGACAUUCGUCGGCUUGAUCGUCUGCGAGAAGCUGGACGUAUUUUCCGUCAAGGAUGUCGACAUCAAGGGGAUGAUACUGAUCGCCAUGACCUUCUGCGGAUUCGUCGUCCUGACAAAUCUGAGCUUAGCUCAUAACACAAUCGGCACGUAUCAAGUAGCAAAGAUGUUGACGACACCCUGUGUGAUAGUGAUGCAGAUGAUAUUUUAUAGGCAGCGAUUCAGCACACCUAUUAAGCUGACGUUGAUACCAAUCACAUUAGGAGUCGUAAUUAAUUUUUACUACGAUAUACAGUUCAACGUCAUUGGAACUGUUUAUGCAGUACUGGGAGUGGUUGUAACGUCUCUGUAUCAAGUGAUGGUGAACAGGAAACAGAGGGAAUUUCAAAUGGAUCCGAUGCAAUUAUUAUUUUAUCAGGCACCAUUGUCUGCUAUCAUGCUCUUCGUUGUUAUUCCAGUUUUGGAGCCGGUUGGACAAACAUUCACUCAUAACUGGUCGCUAUUGGACAUGAUCAUGGUGGUAUUGUCCGGAGUGGUUGCAUUUUUCGUGAAUUUAACUUCCUACUGGAUCAUAGGCAAGACCUCGCCUUUGACAUACAACAUGGUUGGGCAUUCCAAAUUCUGCCUGCUCCUGUUGGGCGGUGCGAUACUCUUUCGCGAAACGUUAGCGCUUAAUCAGUUGAUCGGUAUAAUAUUGACGUUAAUAGGGAUCAUGCUGUAUGCUCACGUCAACAUGAAAGAUAACCAUACCGUAGCGCCGGAGUUCGAGGCAAGGGAGACAAAGCCGCUGCACAAAGUGUGAUUCCGCUUCCGGGGAGACCAGCCGAUCGGGUGAACUCGAAAUUGGAGGAAGUUUAUCAGCCAGUACUUAAAAGUCUAUAUGUUUUCCUAAGUCUUAAAAAUCUGUGUUACAAUAAAAGUUUAAUACGCCA